AUGCAACAAAUCACUCAAAUAAUUAAUUUACUAAGGUCUUAAAAAACGACAGAGAAACAAUGGAACGUGGAGCUCCUCUCUCUCACUAUCAGCUACCCAAAUCUAACUCGGGACUGAACUUGGACCAGCACAACAACUCAAUCCCGACAAUGACCGGCUCCAUCAGUGCAUGCGACGACAAGAGCAAGACUAUCUUGCCGCAGCAACAACCAAGCAUGCCUCGUGAGCAAGACCAAUACAUGCCAAUCGCAAACGUGAUAAGGAUCAUGCGUAAAAUCUUACCGCCACACGCCAAAAUCUCUGACGACGCAAAAGAAACGAUUCAAGAAUGCGUCUCCGAGUACAUCAGCUUCGUGACCGGUGAAGCUAACGAGCGUUGCCAACGUGAGCAACGUAAGACAAUAACAGCUGAAGAUAUCCUUUGGGCCAUGAGCAAACUUGGGUUCGAUGAUUACGUUGGACCACUCAACGUGUUCAUUAACCGGUACCGUGAGUUCGAGACCGAUCGUGGGUGUUCACUUAGAGGUGAGUCAUCAUUUAAACCGGUCUAUGGAGGAAGUGGUAUGGGGUUUCACGGCCCACCUCCGCCGGGUUCGUAUGGUUAUGGCAUGUUGGAUCAGUCUAUGGUUAUGGGUGGUGGUCGGUACUACCAUAACGGAUCGGGUCAGGAUGGAUCAGUAGGUGGUGGUGGUGGAUCUUCCUCUUCUAUGAAUGGAAUGCCGGUUUAUGACCAGUAUGGUCAGUAUAAGUGAAGAUGAAAAUUUCUUUGAUUUUCUGCAUGUCUAUUCAAAACAUGUUUUGGAUAGUUAUUUAUGUAUUGCCAAACAUUAUCUAUUUGUUGCAUCUUAAAAGAAAAAAGUUGAAUAUCAAACUUCAG